UCUUCCAGCUUGCGUAUGUAGCGGGCGACAUGUCGGCUAUCAUUGGCGGCUGGAUUGGCAAGCUCUCUCUCCCAAGCCCAGCCUCUCGCUUGCCCUCUGCACCCGGCUUUCCCCCUCAGCCUUUACGCCUCACGACACCGACACCGACACCGACUGACCAGGGCUCGACCUCGACCAAAAGGUCUCGUAACGCCGCGAUCAGUGCCAUCGACAAGCUUAGGAAGGAGUUCGUUGGAGACGUCGGCUGCUUCCUGACCGGCUACCCCUGCAUUUCGCUUGAGGUUGCGCAUCUUGUGAACCCUGUCCGCAAGAAAGGUGAAGAAGCCGAAGUGACCAAGCAUCUAACCACUGUGUUGGGCAUUACUCGCCAGCAAGGAAACUUUAGCCUUGACUCCAUGGAGAAUCUUGCUCUUUUGUAUCCACCGUACCACCGACACCUCGACGUCUACGCCACCUACGCCCUCACGCUAAGCGAGCACUCGCUGCAAGCCGUAAUUCAGAUAUUGAAUGCCACUAAUCAGAAGUGGGAGGCUUCCACAAAGAUAUUUACCGAAUACCCGCCUCCACGAACUAUCGACUGGUUGGACCCAGUGCUGUCUCGAUUAAACUACGACAUUAUCAUCCUCCAUCCCUCGUUCUUUCUUCUCCCCGAUCAGCCACUAAUCGCCCUCGAACAACACAGCCCUCUAACGUACCGCCUCUGGCAGGUCACCGGUGGAGAACUCCGUCACUGGCAAGCGCCCGACUCGGACUCCGACCCUUACCCUCCCUUUUGCUACUCCUCUCGCAAUCAUCCGGACAAAACCGUGAAUCCCUUCCUGCUCAUCCUCAAUGCCGCAUCGAAACUUGAACAUCAUCGGAGGCACUACAGUUUUGAGAAUCUGACGGAGCGCCAGCGCAGACUCGCUGGUCUCACCUUGGAGGCCUAUACCCUCAUAUAUUACCGCCCUCCACUCUUUGCAGUUAAACUUGCAGAAGGAAUGUACACGACGGUUGAUCCUUCUGUGUCUCCUCUGCUCGCUCUGGCGGGAACCUCUCAGCAGCCGUGCAGCACUUCACGAGACGCGAAUGAUAGCGGUGGCGCUGGGAUUGAUCGAACUGGGAUUGAUCGAAUGGAGGAGGAUGAGGAAGAGAGAAAUGAUAGUGAUUCUGAGAGUGAUAGCGAGGAGCUUAGUACGGAUGAGGUGUAUGGUAUUGUGACGAAAAUUGAAGACCCCCGUACGACGCUCGAUGAGAGAAAGGAGUUGGGGUUGCUGUUGCUUAGCGGCGGAAGAUCCUAUCGCCCUCUUCCCAUACUAUCUACUACGGAAUUAUCAGCUGAGCCUGGGGUUAUCGGUGGUGAAGGGGAAGGGUCAUAGUGAUGUUGUUGUUGCUCAUUGUGAGUGCGCCCACGUGCUCCUAAACUGCUACGGCGGCAUCGACUCCAAUUCAGAAAUGGGCGGCACGAACGUCUACAGGCUGCAGAACACGUUCUAUGUGAACUCAGAUCUAGCCAUGUCUUUCGAUAGGCAGAAAGUGUGGCUUGAGGAAGAUAUUUUUCCUGGGUUUUCUACGCUCUCUACUAGUUCUCCACUUGUUGAUAGGCAAUGCUUGCUGACUCCCCUUUAUGCGCUAUCGGUGACAUGAUCAUUAUAGGGUCCAGAGAAUAGCUACAUCAUCUAAGCUCCCACUAACUAUCGCUACCACAUCUGCUCUGUCGCUAACCCCCACAUCCGCUUCACAA